UCAAGCACCCCCCCCAUCUUGUUCAUUUACCCUCUCCUCUGCUUUUCCCACAUAGUAAUAAAAAUCUUGCACCUCUGACUCAAACAUGCCUGGAUUACCUCCACUGAUACCGCCAUUCCGCUUUGCUGCUGUGGAGGACAAUGUAUUUCGGGGCGGCUUUCCCAAGCUACGAAAUCUGCGAUUCAUAAAACGCCUGCACCUCAAAACGCUGCUUUCGCUCACUCCCGACCCGCUUCCCGAAGAAAUACAGCAGUUUUGUAACGAACAAGACAUAACUAUGAUCCAUUUGAAAGUCGACAAGAUGAAAGAAGAUAAUAUACCCCUCACUUACACACGCACCAUCGUCGCCAUCCAAACCAUUAUUGACCCUACCAACUUGCCUAUCUACAUUCACUGCCUAGACGGGUCGGAUGUCAUUGGCCUGGUCGUGGGGUGUUUGCGCAAACUCGAGAUGUGGAACACCUCCAGCGCUAUGGGGGAAUACCUCCGGUAAGUAUCCAUCGCGAGUACUUUGACAGCCGUCUCUUCUCUGAUCACGCCUUGCCCCCAACAGGUAUCUGCGGUCCAACGUAAUAUCUCCCGAGGUGUUUGAAUUUGUCGAAAAG